AACAAGACUAUUAGGUAAGUUGUUGGAGAGCUGGUUUAUCAUUUGGAUUUCUGCAAUUAUUCAGUCGAGCUGUAUCUUCUACAUCAUUAUCCAUAUCUUUAACAGAAGCAAGCCCACUUCGCCCUUUCGUUUUAUCUACGUGAUUUCUCUUUCCGAUGGCUUCCUCUUAAUUAUUAUUAUUAUAAACAAACACGGACUCUCUCUCUAUUUUUCAGGGAAUUUAUUCGUCUUUUUAAGAUCUUGAGAGGCAAAAUGUCGUCAUCGUACACUCCCUGUGCAGCGUGCAAGUCCAUGAGGCGGAAGUGCACGCAGGAGUGCUCGUUCGCUCCGUAUUUCCCGCCGGACCAGCCCCAGAAGUUCGCCAAUAUACACAAUGUCUUUGGCGCCUGUAACGUGAGCAAGCUUCUCAACGAGCUCCACCCCUCGCAGCGCGAGGACGCCGUGAAAUCGUUGGCAUACGAGGCAGAAACUCGUCUGUUGGACCCCGUGUAUGGUUGCGUUGGCCUCGUCUCGAUGCUUCAGCAUAGAGUGAGACAGGUUCAAACUGAUAUUGUCCGUGCCAGGAUAGAGCUUGCUAGCUACAUUGGGCCGCAGGCCGCAAUGGUCCCCCUUGUGCAACAGUACCCGGGGAUAGGGUAUAUGCCCCAACAGCAUGAGCAGCCGGGCAAUCCUUCGUCCUCGGUUGUUUUACCCCAACAGCAGCAGGGCAAUCCUUCGUCCUCGGCUGUUUUACCCUACAACAUGUCGCCAAUGCUUGGGAUUCCUGUCAGGGCUCCGACGCGUGGUGGGGCAUUGGUGAUUCGCGAGCCCAGGCCCCAACACCAACCGCAGCACCAGCACCACCAAUAUCAGUUAUUUGAGGCACAACAAUUGGCAGCGGCUUCGGCUGCGGCAGCGCAACAAGAACUUUUACUGGCUUAUGAGCAGCAGCAACAACUGCUGCAGCACAUGCAUCUGCACCCGAACCAGCAAAAACCAGAGCUUGUAAUGUUCAACAGAUUAAUCGACCCAGCGGCCGUAGCGGGCAGUUCGGGCACUGCUAGUGGGUUCAACCAGAUGAAUCUUGCCAUGUCGCCUUCGUUAACUCUGGGCGCAUAUGAGAACCCUUGCGAGAUUGAACUACAGCAAGGGGAACAACAAGGCCCUUCUGAUCACCACCAUCAACUUGAGGCGCAGCUCUUGCUCCAAUCACAACAGGCACAAGCAAAUCGAAAAGGCAAGCAAAUCGUGUAGCAGCCUGAGGUUGAUAGCAAGGAGAGUACUGUUGGUCUGUCCUGCUGAUUUUUUCUUCACCGAAUGCCUUUAAACACAUUCCCGUUUUUCAUCAAGUCGAAUUUCAUUCUAGGUAUGCGCACAUUGAUCUCUAUUUCUUUCUACUCCUGGUUUAUACAUGCAUAGCGCUGUUAGGAACCCUAAAUGCAAAUGAAGUGAUCAAGUCGAAAGAGGAAGGGGUUUCUGAGUUCAACAGGUCGAAGUGAAGGGUUUGAAGUUUCUUAACAGGGAAUGGAGUCGUUGAAGAUGGAUGAAGUGCAAGAAUAAGUAGGAACUCAAAGCUCACCGUUUUGGUAGUGGAGAGCUGCAAUCGUUUAGCCUUUUUAAUAAGCAAACUGUCGUUUAUUUCAUAGUUGUAAAACGCAACGUUUUAAACGGUGCACUUUAGUUGCUGUUAUUUCCAUUUCCUGCUUUGUAUGUGACUUUAUCAAACGUGCAAGACUUAGUUACAGGAGAGGGGAAUAUAGGAGUGAAGGGGACAUCAGAAAUGUUUGGCUAGAAUCUUCUUGUAUUUGGAAACAAUUUGGAGAAAGGGACACCUUGAAUGUUCCCAACGUGACGAUACAAUUUCCUUUUUGAGGAAUUUUAUCAAACACUUGCCUUGCAUCCAUUUCCUUGUAGCUUAAAGCGUUUGGGUUACAUGUUUCUUCACCAUUUUACAUCACAAUCAGACUGUAGUGUAUCAAUUAGGACGGUUAUUAACAACUGGUAUCACAAGCAGUCGAUCCUCAUGCCUGAAAACACCAGGGCCCGUCAGCAACAAGAUGGCCUCCAACGUCAGGUAGAUGGCUUAGUUGCAAAUUACCCGGAAAUCAGGGGAAGGAUGGAUCACAUGGAUGAGCGCCUGCAACAGCUUACAGAGCUGGUAACUACCUUGGUCACCAACCUGAUAUGGUUUUCCAUGAGGAAACAAUUUUAUCUGAUGUAAAUACUAAUGGUGUUGUGAAUAAGUUAGGAUUUUCCAUUUUUAUGCAUGUUCCCCAGAGGAAAUGGGGUGGUUUUUUGUGUGUGGCGUUCAAGAAUGGUUGUCGAGCCUGUGCAUAUAUCUAGUAAUGUAAUGACUUUUCUGGUGUAUACUGAUCCUAUUCAUAUACCUUGGCUUCUCAUUCUUGCUUACUGUCCUGCUUAAUAUAAUCAUAAACAAGCUUUUUGGAA